AAAAUUCUGACUUCUGUAUGCCUCAAAGCAAAUGUCCCAAACUGCUGCCUUUGGAAACUCAGGUCUUAGACAUGCAUAAAAUAUUGUCUGUCUUGCUGCCUUUGUUCAUGGUGGGGUUUGCAUGACAGUGAAGGCAAGUGAUUUUCUGAGAAUAUAGAAUUAGUUUUUAUGUAAGACUGAACGAAGCAGUGUGUGAAAGGUGUGUGAGGAGAGGAAGUGGUCUCCUCCAAAGAACUCAGUGCUCCCCUUGCUGAGCAGUGUAUGCAAAGUGGGUUAUGACCAUACAAUAUGUUAAAAACAAUGCAACAAGAUCACAGCAUGGCAAUUUCUGCUCUUGGCUUGGAGGGUGUCUCACUAUUUAUACUGGCAGUUCACCUGCUGUGACCUGGCAAACUGUCUGGACUUCCAGAAGUGUUACCUGAUGGUUACGGCCAUCAGAGCUAAAUGCUUACUGAUUGCACACUAAAACUGCACAAGGCCGCUCUCUGCCUCUGAACUUAAAGGCUCUGUCUUGAAUCCUCACAUGUUUUCUUACCAGUCCCAUCUGUUUUGUCUUUGUUCCUGUGUGUUCCCUUUGCCACGACAACACUGGGACACACCUUGGCAGGACUUCAUUACUCUGUGCCCUCCUGUCAUUAUGGAAACCAACCAUCUACCUACGGGGUGAUGGCAGGCAUCAAACCUUCAACUCCAGAGAUGCUGUCGGCAAGUCUCUCCCAGACUCGCAUCUUACAGACGUGCAGCAUGCCCCAUCCCAAUGUGGUAAACAGUGUCAGCACCUUGCAAAGUAGCCUGACCCCUUGCCUUUAUAAAUUCCCGGAGCACGCCCUGAGUGCCAGCUCCUGUGCCCUGGGCCACGGCUUCACUCCCAUGCACCAGUCCCUCCUCACAGAUGAUCCCACUGCCACGGACUUCAAGCAGGAGUUCCGCAGGAAGAGCAAGUCUGUUGAAGACCCCGUCGACAUGGACUCCCCCGAGAUCAGGGAGCUGGAGAAAUUUGCCAACGAAUUUAAGCUGAGGAGAAUUAAGCUGGGUUACACACAAACCAACGUUGGAGAAGCACUGGCUGCUGUGCACGGCUCUGAGUUCAGCCAAACGACCAUUUGCCGGUUUGAAAACUUGCAGCUGAGUUUCAAGAACGCCUGCAAACUGAAAUCCAUACUGUCCAAGUGGCUGGAGGAAGCAGAACAAGUAGGAGCUUUAUAUAACGAAAAAGUUGGAGUGAAUGAGCGGAAGAGGAAGCGCAGAACCACCAUAAGCAUUGCUGCCAAAGAAGCCCUAGAGAGGCACUUUGGAGAACAAAGCAAACCUUCCUCUCAAGAAAUUCUGAGGAUGGCCGAGGGGCUCAACCUUGAGAAAGAAGUCGUAAGAGUUUGGUUUUGCAACAGAAGGCAAAGGGAAAAAAGAGUGAAGACGAGUUUACACCAGAACACCUUCAGUUCUAUUAUCAAGGAGCACCAUGAAUGCCGGUAAAGCUUUUCCAUGUAUAGAUGUGGAUUUCUGUUUUGCUUUUUGUAAAUAUUGUAAAUGCUACAUUGUUAAAAAAAAAAA